AUGGCGCAAGCUAGGGAUUACUACUAUCUGGAGAGUUUGUGGGAAGACGAUGUGUUUGUACCAGGAUCGAUUGGCCCACUGUGUUCCACCCAUUUGACCCAUCGCUGGGCCCGCUCCGUAGCCCCGAGUGGUUUAGGCGUCAUCGAAAAAGACAGUGCUGGCUGUAUUGCUUACCCGGUCUGCAAUCCCGUGCAUCCAGACGGAAAGUUAGUAUUCGGCCUCAUCUUGCCGCUCUCGCAUCUUGACCAAGACGGCGCAGCUAAUACCUGCCAGAUUGAGUAUCUGUAUUGA